AUGCGCGAAUUAUGGAAAAAUAUAGAACAGCAUAUUAACCAUUUCCUAGGUGGAAUGACUAAGGAGGAUAUGAAUAGUAAGUUAUUUGGGGAAGCCGGGUGCAAUGACGUUCAAAUAGGUGAUAGGAAAAUGACAGCAACGGAAAAACAGUGGUGCGUUUUCUUAUUACAGAAUUUAUGGAAAAUGAAGGAAUUAGCAAAGACAGGGAAGGACAAAGAAAUUUUGGAUGCCAAAAUGAAGUUCUAUAUUAGGUGUUCUAUAAUGAACGUGUGGUUCUAUAUAUACAAGACUAUAAACUGUGAUGCUCAUGCAAUUAUAACGCAUGCUUCCACUACAAUGUAUGAAAUGUACAAGGCGAUGAACGGUGAGAAAGAAUGUUAUAAGUGUAAUUACGGGGAACUGGAGUCUAUGCAUGUGAAUGGUCACAAUGUUUUAGAUCAUAUUUUUGACAAAAUAAAGAAAGGUGGGAAACCUAUAGGAUUUAGGAAUAAAUUGGCAUGGGCACGAGAGUGUAAGGAAGGUAAGGUUAGAAAGAAGGAACAGGAAUGGUUCGAUAGAGGGGGAAAUGUAAAAGGUGGGGGCACAGGUUCAGUAGAGGUGGAGGAUAUAAUUAGUACGAUGCAAAAGGAUAUAGAAAAGAAGGAACCGCCGAAGGAAAAGAAAUUCAGUACUAGACAGUAUGAAUAUUUUUUACAGCUAAUGCUGAAGUGGUUACAGCAGAAGAAGAAACUCGGGGACGAUGUAACCAUUAGAAUUCUGGGAAUAUAG